AUGUCGGUGGCGGCAGGCGUCAGCGAUGCGGCGAUCGCGAUCCGAGAGAAGCUUCGCGGAAGGAUCGCGCAGACGAAGGUGAAGCGGUACUGGCCGGGAAAGGCGCCGGAAUGGGCUGACGAAGCGGAGGAGGCGCGCGGGGGCGUGUUCGGCGAGCCGGAGGACGAGCGGGAAGAAAUCGGCGACCGACUGACGCGCGUUAGGGUUUCCGAGAACGACGCGCGGUUGCGCCGAUUAGGAGAAAGCCGGCGCGACAGGGAGGAGGCCGUGGCGCGGCAUCGGGAGAUCCGGGCGGCGGAGAUUGUCUCGACUCGGGAGGAGGAGGAGAGGAAGCAGCAGGAGCGCGAGGAGGAGGAGGAGGAAGAGGAGGAUGAGGACGCUAUCGAGGAGCGACGGCGGAGGAUACGCGAGAGGCUAUUACAACGGCAGAGGGAGGAAGAGGAGCUAGCAGCGUUAGGGGAGGGCGAGGAGGAGGAGGAAGAGGAGGAAGAAGAGGAGGAAUCUUCCGAGUAUGAGACGGAUUCGGAGGAGGAAGGGGGCGGUAUGGCAAUGAUUAAGCCUGUGUUCGUUCCCAAGGGCGAGCGCGACACGGUGGCGGAGCGCGAGCGCGUGGAGCAGGAGGAGCGCGAUUUAGAGGAGGCGGUGCGGCGGCGCGUGGAGGAGCGCAAGGCGGAGACGCGGCGCCUCGUGGUGGACGACGUGCGGCGCGAGGAGGAGAAGGAGCAGCGGCGCGUGGAGGACGGCGGCGGCGCGGAGGGUGACGGCGCGGGGGCGGCGGCGGAGGACGUGGAAACGGACGACGAGAUGGACGCGGAGGAGGAGUUCGAGCGGUGGCGCGCGCGCGAGAAGGCGCGCGUGCGGCGCGAGCGCGAGGAGCGCGACGCAGUCACGCGGGAGAAGGAGGAGCGCGAGCGGAUAUCGCGCAUGACCGAGGACGAGCGGCGCGAGUGGGAGCGCCGCAACCCCAAAGCUGCGCCCGCGGGCAGCACGAAAAAGAAGUGGAAUUUCAUGCAGAAGUACUACCACAAGGGCGCGUUCUUCCAGGCGGGCGCGGACGACAAGGGCGGCACGGCGGGCACGGACGAGAUCUUCACACGGGAUUACUCGGAGGCCACUGGGGAGGACCGGCUGGAUAAGAGCGUGCUGCCCGCUGCCAUGCAGUGUUGGGGGGCGACUGGGGAGGACCGGCUGGAUAAGAGCGUGCUGCCCGCCGCCAUGCAGGUGAGGGGCGUUAGCCAGGUGGAGGGGUGGUUGGGGGGGAGGUGUGAUGGUGGGGAAUGGUGGGGAACGGUGGGGAAUGAUGGUGAAGCACUUUGGGCGCAGUGGGCGCAGCAAGUGGACGCAUCUGGUGAACGAGGACACCACCCAGCAGGACUCCCCGUCAGUACCUCCGCACCCUUGCCUCCACUCCCCGUCACCACUGCCCCCGUCCCCUGCCCCCGUGCCCUGCCCCCGUCCCCUGCCCCCGUGCCCUGCCCCCGUCCCCUGCCCCCGUCCCCUGCCCCCAUCCCCUGCCCCCACUCCCUUCAUGCCAGUGGGCACACCACCCCACCAUCCGCGCUCUCCUGUCGCUCACCCCCGCACUACUCGCUCUCCCCUCUCCCCCAUCUCUCCCCCCUCACCAGGUGGGCAUACAACGAUGCACUGAGGGCGCGCUACAACAACAAGAUGGCGGGGAGGAUGGACAAGCCCUCCCCUCCAUCUUUACCCCACACUACCCCCUCUCUCCCCCCUCUCCUCCCGUUCUCCCUUGUCGCUGCCCCCUGCCAGGUGGGCAUACAACGAUGCGCUACGAGCGAGGUACAACAACAAGAUGGCGGGGAUGGUCAAUCCUUCCCUCCCCUCAACCCCACACCACCCCUCUCCCCCGUCUCUCCACCCUCUCUCCCCCCUCGCAGGUGGGCAUACAACGAUGCAUUGAGGGCGAGGUACAACAACAAGAUGGCGGGGAUGGACAAGCCACUGGAGAAGCCCAAGGGCAGCAAGAAGCUCAAAAACGCGCUGCAGAACCCGUGA